CCCAUGCCUCUUGACAAGAUGACAGAAAAAUACCCAGACGUGUCGAAUAUCAUACCUACCCACGACCCGCAUUUGGUCGUCGAUAGCUUUUCGGUACCGGAGGUUUCAGAAGAUCUUCCUUAUGAGUAUUUGAGCGACCCAAAGUCGAGAAUCAUCAUUCCUUCCCUUUAUCCAAAGCCUUUGGACGUUGUCAAAGCUGCAGAGAUCAAGAAAUUGGUGGACCAGCUACGUUUGGAACAAGAAUUGGAUAACCUAAAGAAACUGAAGGAAGAGGAUGUAUCUUACACCUUUGAGUAUACCCUGAUGUCAUUAUUGCCAUACCAAAAAGCUGUUCGAGGCCACGUCGUCAGCACAGUUUUCCAUCAAAACUCACUGCUCACAAAUCAUUUACCUAAUUUUUCCGCGAGGGUACGUUCGAUCAACACGCAUGAUGCAUCGGUGGCCCAUGCUUUAUACAAUCAGCAGCGAACAGUCACAGCUCUUUCGCAAAAGAAUAAACUACAGGAGAGACAGGCCAACAUACUUAGUGUUUCUGACGAUUUCAAAAAGUAUCUCUCCACAAGAAAGGAUCGUCUUUCAAGAAUCGCCAGAGGAGUGAAUAGUUAUCACGCCCAAACAGAGAAAGAGGAACAGCGUCGUAUUGAAAGAAAUGCCAAACAGAGAUUGCAAGCUCUUAAGGCAAACGAUGAGGAAGCGUAUAUCAAGCUUCUUGACCAAACUAAGGAUACUAGAAUUACUCACAUUUUGAAACAAACCACAGGAUUCCUGCGUACCUUAAUCCAGUCAGUCAAAGUUCAACAAAGAGAUACCCAGGAACACAUGGUUCAUGCACAUCACAUUGAUCCGCAAUACACUAAUACAGAGGAGGAGGACGACGAGGAGAAAGAAAAUGCAGAUUACUAUUCUGUUGCGCACAGGAUUCAAGAGAAGAUUGAAAAACAGCCUUCAAUUCUUGUUGGCGGAACUUUGAAGGAGUACCAGCUCAGGGGAUUGGAAUGGAUGGUUUCCUUGUUCAAUAACCAUUUGAAUGGUAUUUUGGCUGACGAAAUGGGACUGGGGAAAACUAUCCAGACAAUCUCUCUCUUGACUUAUAUCAUGGAAGUGAAGAAGAUUCCAGGUCCAUUUCUCGUCAUUGUGCCUCUCUCAACAUUGCCGAACUGGAACCUAGAGUUUGACAAAUGGGCCCCAAGUUUGAAAAAGAUCAGUUACAAAGGAUCUCCGCAAAUGCGUAAAGAGCUUGCGUAUGAUGUCAGAGCAGGCAACUUCAACGUUCUCUUGACAACCUACGAGUAUGUGAUCAAGGACAAAUACCUAUUGUCGAAGAUAAAAUGGGUGCAUAUGAUCAUUGAUGAAGGUCACCGUAUGAAAAAUACCAAAUCUAAGCUAUCAUCUACUUUAACAGAAUUUUAUCAUUCGGAUUACAGGCUUAUCUUGACAGGUACGCCUCUUCAAAACAACCUUCCUGAGUUGUGGGCUUUGCUCAAUUUUGUGCUUCCUAAAAUUUUCAACUCUGACAAGUCAUUUGACGAUUGGUUCAACACGCCGUUUGCCAACACCGGCAGUCAGGAUAAGUUGGAGCUAUCUGAAGAAGAGACGCUUCUUGUCAUCAGAAGAUUGCAUAAGGUUUUGAGACCAUUUUUGCUGCGGAGAUUGAAAAAAGAUGUCGAAAAGAGUCUGCCUAAUAAAAUAGAGAGAGUCAUCAAGUGCCGCAAAUCUGGCUUACAAACCAAACUAUAUCAUCAAAUGUUGAAGUACAAUCAGUUGUUUAUUGGUGACUCGGACAGCAAGGCCCCCGUUGGUAUCAAGGGUAUGAACAACAAACUCAUGCAACUGAGAAAAAUCUGUAAUCAUCCAUAUGUGUUCCCUGCAAUUGAAGACAUGAUAAAUCCUUCUCAUGAAAACAACGAUACAAUUUGGAGGGUGAGUGGAAAGUUUGAACUUUUGGACAGGAUUUUGCCCAAGUUCCGUGCCAGCGGUCACAGAGUGUUGAUGUUUUUCCAGAUGACUCAGAUUAUGGACAUCAUGGAGGACUUCCUCAGAUUCAGAGGAAUGCAUUACAUGAGGCUGGAUGGAGACACUCGAGCUGAUGACCGUACUGCACUGCUGAAGGAUUUCAACUCGGAGGAUUCUCCAUACUUUGUUUUCCUUCUUUCGACUAGAGCGGGUGGUUUGGGAUUGAACUUGCAGACUGCCGACACGGUUAUUAUCUUUGACACUGACUGGAAUCCGCAUCAAGACCUUCAGGCCCAAGAUAGGGCGCACCGUAUUGGUCAGAAGAACGAGGUUCGGAUUCUGAGACUAAUUACCAGUGAUUCGAUUGAGGAAUACAUAUUAGAGAGAGCUCACCAAAAGUUGGACAUUGACGGUAAAGUUAUUCAGGCCGGAAAAUUUGACCAGAAAUCUACAUCCGAAGAACAAGAAGCGCUUCUAAGACAGCUUCUUGAAGCUGAAGAGAAUGACAGGGAUGAGGAUGAGGUUUUAGAAGAUAAGGAGCUCAAUGAAAUUCUUGCGAGAAACGAAGAAGAAUUACAGCUUUUCAAUAAGAUUGACGAGGAGCGCAAUGACAGCUCCUUGGGCUACCCAAGAUUGAUAACCGAGUCGGAAUUGCCUGAGAUUUAUAACCAAGAGCCAGAAACUACCGAUGAGGUGGCGGAAAUGCUUCAUUACGGUCGUGGAGCCAGAGAGCGCAAGAUUGCUCAUUACGAUGAGAAUAUCACCGAAGAGCAAUGGUUGAAAGAAAUCGAUGGCUAUGCUUCUGAUGACGACGACGAGUCAAGACCAAAGAAGAGCCGCAAGAGAGGCCGCAAGCCGAAGACGGAUACUGAAACCUUGGACAGCUCCAUGGAUCCAAACGGCGAUUUAGCUGAUUUCAUUGAUGACGAGGAGGAGGGCGUUUCCAAGAAAAAACCGAAGACCGCGAAACGCAAGCAAAGGAGUGGAUCUGCCCGGAACACUAUUUCUCCUCCUGAGUUAGGAGAUUCUGCGCCACAGACGCCGUCAGGGGGAGGAUCAGGAAGGAAAAAGAGGUCUCGAGGUAUACCCAUUUCGGCUCCAAUAUGCCGUAAAGAGAAUGCCAUUCCUCCUGAAAUGACCAUGGAAGAACGCCAUACCUUACAGUUGCAAUUAAAUGAGAUCCUUGACCGCUUAUUGACUAUGUCCAUUGAUGGCCGGAAACUCUCGACAAUAUUUCUCACCAAACCUAUCAAACGUGUCUAUCCUGAUUACUAUGUGAUUAUCAAGAACCCUAUAGCAUUCGAUGGAAUUAAGCGCAGGGUUCAGGGAGAAGUAUAUUGGAGUUUGGAAGAAUUCAUUUACGACCUUCACCUAAUGUUUGCGAAUGCAAGAAUAUACAACCAAGAGGGCUCCAUGGUUUAUAACGAUUCCCAACUCAUGGAGGAUGAAGCUCUAAAGAUGUACAAGAAUAUGAAGGAUGGUGCUGAAAUUGAUUUCACUGAAUUUGACGAGCGCUUUGGUUUGAAGCGCAAUCCGCCAUCAGUCGUUGCAGGCCAACAGAUUAACGGAUCCGUACAGAUACCAGGCAUGGUCCAAUAAUUCAGAUAUAAUUAUUUACGUGUAUUUUAAUCAAAUAGGGAUGCUACAGCUACACAUGAGUCGCCUAAUAAAUGUCCAUUUCUAAUCACUAUUGUCUCUGCCAUGAUCCUCCUUUUCCUGAGUGUGUUCAAAACUUUCAGAUGCUGCUGUGGAGAUUCUUGUUGUUGAAUGCUCGGCAUCUCGAUUAUCGACUGACAACUCAUCGACAUCUCUUGAUUUUGGCAACAAAGGUUGAACGGCAGGCUCUUUUUUGAGACUGGGGACCGAGUGUUUGGAAGUGGUCUGUUCUUCAUCUUUUUCACUUGAACGACUAGAGUCUGCAUCGUAAGAUUUUUCACUAUCAGCGCCUGAGUCGUUUCCAUCUUUCUGUUCAGACUCAACAGCCUUAGAGUCGGUGACUACAUCUUCAACAAAAACCCCUUGCGGUUUAGAAGGAACUCUCACGAUUUCAAUAUCUGUGAUAUUCCCAGAUUUUCCAGGCUCUCCUGCCUCCUCGGUACCGUUGUUGUAAAGCAUAGCAAGGCGGCCACGCGAAGAUUUCAAACUUCUGUUAUCAUCCUGUU